AUGGAAAAAUUCGAGGCACUCGAAGGAGCAGACCUCCGGCAGCUGGAGUCGUAUCUGAAGUUCCAUGAUCAAGGCCGUACUCUUGGCAACCUGUACCGGACUGUCACGGCAGAGGGUCAUGUCAAGUGGGUAUGCAUUGACCAUUAUCGUGAAAACUAUCAAGAGUCGGCGGUUCAGCAGUUAAGAGACGUUAUUCUAGAGAAUAGCGAGGCCUUUGUCGAGCAGCAAGGCAAAAUCGAGAUUACUCUUACGUCUCCAAUUCUGGCGAAACAGCUUUACGAUGGUUUAGUCAAGGCGCGAGGCGUCCAUGAGCUGGAAAUCACACUGAACUGGGACGCGCCACUGGACGAUCUCCGGAAGUUCAUUGCUGCUUCCAUACGGUUCGAGAUACUCGACGGCAUCCUUCAACGCAUCAACCUAUUCUCCAUCAGGACGGCUUCUCAACUCCGGGCUAUUUUGAUAGAUUUGAUCUCUCCUGAAAAUAGUGUGUCUAUGACAGCGUUCACCAAAAUACUCAGAAAUUCAUCUAACCUACCAGAGCUGGUGCCAGGAACAAAUGACCCAGGUUCGAUCUUCGACCUCGUUGUGAACAAUAUGAGUGCUUUAGAAAAGCUCGAGAUGCUCAAGUUGCAUUACUGGCGCCACUGGGAGUUGUACCCAAACCUCUUGGAACUCGAGCUCAAAUUCUAUAGCGAACGACUCCUUGCGAUCAUCGACCUUAUCGUUUCGACAAAUGAAAAACAAAGAUCCGGAGGACACAGCUUUAUCAUGCGACAACUCGAUAUACAGGUAUACUUUGGACAUUCCAGUGAUGGCGGUAUCUCAUCAGCUGUUCGUCUCUCAGAGGAAGCGGGCAUGUCCGACAUGGAUACCGACUUUGGAUUGUAUACCAAAUCGAGACCAGAAUUUUUGUCCGCGCUAUCCCUUCGAUACAGAGGGUCGCUAAGGUCGUUAACUACGCCAAAAGGCGCGCUCCACGAUGACUUUACCUUUCGUUUAUCCAACUUUCAGGACUUCCGACUUGAACUCGACGACUCUGUAGUGGAGGGUUCGGCGGGGGCGUGGCAGCUCCAUAACUUCUGGCAGAAGCUGACUAGUUUAGUUGCAAAGUUCAGUCCGCGGGGUUCAGACAUCACUAGCCUUGCAAAUACAUUCCCGACGAGACACACUCUGCCAAAGCUAAGAUCCCUUCAGGUCAGCAAUAAGGGUUCCCUGGUCAGGUCAGCGUCUCUAGGGCAACAUACCUCGUGGAUUACUGCAAUGGUCUCUGAACCGAACAAAAUGUCCGUCUGUAUAUCAACCUUACUGCCAAGACCGGCAAACCUCUUUACUUCACCAUCUCUCAAGCCCAUGGAUGUUGACUACGAUGCUUGGGAACCGUUGAAGGACUUUCAGCUGUACUCUUUUAUACUUCAACCUGAAAAGUGGAAGACUGUGGUCAAGACAAUUGAAUUUUCGGCACUGGAUACGCUAGGCCUCUGGAACACCAAUUUUUCGGCAGAAGAGCUCAAAAUAUUAGUAGAUUAUAUCCUAGAAGGCGUUUCCGGUGCACCAUUGAAACGGCCAGACCUUAAGGAGACACCUCUUUCUCGACAUUACACUUUAACUGAACUGAAUUUCACGCAUAAUCCACCUCAGUUCAAGUAUCCGCCAUCCUCGCCACCCCCGUUCUCUUCUCGUACCUUUGUCACUGGAAUCGCCAACGACGUGGCCGCUCAUCGUGCUCUCCCAAAGGUGUUCAAGCGUCGUGGCAAGAUGCUCGAGUCUUUCUCGGUCUGUACUUCCUCUGUGAAUGCGGUGCUCACCCCCAUGUCCGAGCGGAACUUGAUUUCAAACAGAACUCACCUAGUCAAGCACGAAGAAUAUUACCUGGAUCGUCUGAACGAGUUCUUUGGAAAGUACGGCCCUUAUCCCCUAGCGUUGAUGCAGAUGAUUGAGUGCGGGAUCACUGUAGACGACCUCAUCGUACCCCCGUUGGCACAUCUCAAGGCUGUCGAGAGUCAGAAUGACACGUUCCCACACUAUAACGAUUCGUGA